AUGUCUAAGCCUUGUAGACAGUUGAAGAGGAAAUUCCAGUCAAGGGUGUCAAAUGCUUUGGCGAUAUCAACCUUAAUAGUGAUACGCUUAGGACCCUUGUUCGAAGAAAGCCUUCCGGUUGAAGGACUUGAUGCAACUCCCGAUUUUGCUGAGGCAACUGCCGUACCAAAGAAGACUCUCUUUAUUUCCCAUCUCUCACACCAGAAAACUAUCAUAUCAGAUAUCAUCGAUUUCUUCAAAGAUGCUGGGGAAGUUGUUCGGGUUCGACUUAUUCUAGACCAGUGUGGUGAGCAUGCGGGCUGUGGCUUUGUUGAGUGUGCUUCUUCUAACGAAGCAAAUAAGGCGCUGCAACAAAAGAACGGUGAAUAUUUGCACAACCGCAGCAUUUUUCUUGAUGUGGCAAAUAAUGAAUUUGCAGAGAACCUUUCCACCCAAAACGUACUCCUUGUUGCCAACCUCUCUCCACAAACAACUAAAAUAUCACAUAUCAUCAAGUUCUUCAAAAAUGUUGGAGAAGUUGUUAGUGUUCGACUUAUUGUUAACCGCGAGUGUAAGCAUGUCGGGUAUGGCUUUAUUGAGUUUGCUUCUCCUUGUGAAGCACAGGUGGCGCUGAAAAUGAUGAAUGGUGCAUAUAUGGACGAUCAUAAGAUUAUGUUGAUGAAAGGACUUGAUCAAACUCCCGAUUUUGUUGAGGCAGUUGCCACCUCAAGAAGUAAGACGCUCUAUGUUGCCAAUCUCCCUCGCGAAAAAACUGAAAUAUCACAUAUCAUCGAUUUCUUCAAAGAUGUUGGAGAAGUUGUUCAUGUUCGACUUAUUUGCAACCUCAUGGGCAAUCAUGUGGGCACUGGCUUUGUUGAGUUUGCUUCUGCUGAUGAAGCAAAGAAGGUGAGGAGUAUAGGAGAUGGAUUACAUCCCUACCACAAGGCCCAUCGAAUAACAAGACCUAGCUCAGCAAGCUGGGCUAAUUUAUUCGGCUCAGCGAGUAGAGUCGUCAGCUCGGCUCUAGAAUGCUUUUAG